UUAACUUGUCAGGAUUUUUUGAUGAAUGUUUUUAAAUAUUUGGUCUAAUCAGCUUUAAGAUAAUUUUGAUGGAUAAUGGGUGAUUGUUAGGUAUGAAACUCCAUAAUGGGUGAUUGUUAGAUAUGAAAUUCGUAAAACAACAGGACAAUGUUGGUUGUAUAGUGUCAGUAUUAAGUGAUGCUGUUAAAGGUUGCAUUAUGGGUGACAAUGAUGAUGAACGUUCAGCACAAGCCAUCAAUUUGAACUCCAACCGGCAUUGCGCGUUUUGUGAGAAAACCUUUAUCAAGAUUUGCCAUCAACUAAAAACUCGUAAUUAGCGGCAUCGCGCGUACUUGGGCAAAAACCCCAAUUCAAGGGGCCCUGCUUUCUCUGCAUUCCGAUUCUCUCUUGUCUAUUUUUCACUUCCCCGAGCGAGAGUGGUGGCUGGCUCCAUUGAAGAGGCCGUGCCAUCUAGACUGCUUCAAGUGAUCAUACGCCCGUUACCAUGCAACUCAACGAUCUGGAGGCCGGCUCCUCCCAUCUCAACUCUUCUAUCCAAGGCGACUUCUCUGAUCCUUUCGACAUUGCCAAUACCAAGAAUGCAUCUUUCCACGCUCUUAAACGCUGGAGGGAAGCUGCACUUGUGCUUAAUGCUUCACGCCGAUUUAGGUAUACUCUCGACUUGAAAAAAGCCGAAGAGAAAGAACAAAGAAGAAGGAUGAUCAGAGCACAUGCUCAAGUCAUAAGAGCAGCACUACUUUUUAAACUCGCUGGACAACGAGCUAUUGUGUUGGGUACUGAAGUUGCUCCUCUACCUCCUUGUGGUGACUAUGGAAUUUCACUUGAACAGCUAGCUUCGGUGACCAGGGAUCACAAUCUUUCUGCACUGCAACAAUACGGAGGAGCCAAAGGUUUAUCAGAGAAGUUAAAAACAGAUAUUGAUUCAGGAAUUGUUGAUGAUGAUGUUGAAUUGUCAAAAAGAAAAAAUGUGUUUGGGGCAAAUACGUAUCCCAUGAAAAAGGGUCGCAGUUACUUGAGAUUCCUUUGGGAGGCUUGGCAAGAUCUGACUCUCAUCAUCUUAAUUGUAGCUGCUGUACUAUCACUGGCACUUGGAAUACACACAAAGGGCCUGAAAGAAGGAUGGUAUGAUGGUGGAAGCAUAACUUUUGCCGUACUUCUUGUUAUUUUUGUUACAGCAACAAGUGACUACAGACAGUCCUUGCGAUUUCAGAACUUAAAUGAAGAAAAGCGAAAUAUCCAAGUACAGGUUAUAAGAGAUGGCAGGAGGGAAAAAAUUUCAAUAUACGAAAUUGUUGUUGGUGAUGUUGUUCCUCUCAGGAUAGGCGAUCAGGUUCCUGCAGAUGGAGUCUUGAUCUCUGGUCAUUCUCUGGCAAUUGAUGAGUCUAGCAUGACUGGCGAAAGCAAGAUUGUAAACAAAAAUCAAAAGGCACCUUUCUUGAUGGCUGGUUGCAAGGUAGCAGAUGGUGCUGGAACCAUGCUUGUAACUGGUGUAGGAAUCAAUACUGAAUGGGGAUUGUUGAUGGCGAGUAUAUCAGAGGAUACUGGUGAAGAAACUCCCUUGCAGGUGCGCUUGAAUGGGGUUGCCACCUUUAUUGGCAUCGUUGGCCUUGCUGUUGCUCUCUUUGUGCUCAUUGUUCUUUUAAGCAGGUUCUUAACUGGAAAUAGCAAAAAUCCAGACGGGACUACCCAGUUUGUCCGUGGACAGACCAGUGUUAGUAAAACAAUGGAUGGAGUUGUACACAUUAUCACUGCAGCUGUCACAAUUGUGGUUGUUGCUGUCCCUGAAGGUCUUCCUUUAGCUGUUACAUUGACUUUAGCAUACUCAAUGAAGAAAAUGAUGGCUGACAAGGCUUUGGUGCGCAGACUUUCAGCUUGUGAAACUAUGGGCUCUGCUACAACUAUUUGUAGUGAUAAAACUGGAACACUGACUUUGAAUCAGAUGACAGUCGUAGAAGCCUAUAUUGGGGAAAAGAAGCUCGAUUCACCUGAAGAUGGAUCGCAGUUGCAUUCAGCUGUUUCUUCUCUUCUGAAUGAGGGCAUAACACAGAAUACAUCCGGCAGUGUCUUUACUUCCAAGGAUGGCAAGGGAACAGAGGUUUCAGGAUCUCCCACUGAAAAAGCCAUUCUUUCAUGGGGCGUCAAGAUUGGAAUGAAGUUCGAUGUUGUCAGAUCACAAUCCAUAAUUCUUCAUGUCUCUCCUUUUAAUUCUACAAAGAAGAGAGGAGGUGUUGCAGUUAGAGAGCAGAGUGGCUCUCAAGUUCAUAUACAUUGGAAGGGUGCAGCUGAAAUUAUACUGGCAUCUUGUACUGGAUACCUUGACUCAAAUGGCUGCUUACAAUCCAUUGAAACGGAGAAGGGUUCUUUGAAAGAAGCCAUUGAAUAUAUGGCAGCAAAAAGUUUGAGGUGUGUUGCCAUUGCAUACCAAACUUGUAAUGUCGAUGAGGUUCCAACUGAUGAAGAACAACUGGCUCAAUGGAUUCUACCAGAAGAUGGCCUUAUUUUGCUUGCUAUACUCGGUAUAAAGGAUCCUUGUCGGCCAGGUGUCAAGGAUGCAGUGAGGCAGUGCAGGGACUCUGGUGUUAAGGUGCGCAUGGUAACUGGAGAUAAUAUUCAAACAGCUAGAGCAAUUGCCUUGGAGUGUGGAAUUUUAACUUCAAAUACUGAAGUCACAGAAUUUGAAGUUAUUGAGGGGAAGACCUUCCGAGAGUUGUCUGAGAAGGAGCGAGAACAAGUUGCAAAAAGAAUGUCGGUUAUGGGAAGGUCAUCACCAAGUGACAAGCUUUUGCUUGUGCAAACUCUGCGUAAACUAGGGGAAGUCGUUGCUGUUACUGGUGAUGGAACUAAUGAUGCUCCUGCACUGCAUGAGGCCGAUAUAGGUCUUUCCAUGGGCAUCCAAGGAACAGAAGUCGCAAAAGAAAGCUCUGACAUCAUUAUCUUGGAUGAUAAUUUUGCUACAGUGGUGAAGGUUGUACGCUGGGGCCGUUCUGUUUAUGCAAAUAUUCAGAAAUUCAUUCAGUUCCAGCUCACUGUUAAUGUCGCAGCUCUUGUAAUCAAUGUUGUGGCAGCAGUUUCUUCUGGUGAUGUUCCUCUAAACACAGUGCAGCUUCUUUGGGUCAAUCUCAUUAUGGAUACUCUUGGAGCACUAGCUUUGGCUACUGAACCACCAACUGACCAUCUUAUGCAUAGACCACCUGUUGGUCGAAGGGAACCUCUGGUAACAAAUAUCAUGUGGAGGAACUUGCUAAUUCAGGCUCUCUACCAAAUCGGAAUCCUUCUUGUUCUCAAUUUCCAGGGCAAGAGUAUUCUCAGCUUAGAGAAUGAUGACCCAAAACAUGCUAAUAUGGUGAAGAAUACCUUAAUAUUCAACGCAUUUGUUUUCUGCCAAAUAUUCAAUGAGGUUAAUGCUCGAAAGCCAGAUGAAAUUAAUGUCUUUACUGGCGUGACCAAAAACCACCUCUUUACUGGUGUUGUGGGAACUACUUUCAUACUUCAGAUCAUUAUCAUUGAGUUCCUUGGAAAAUUUGCAUCUACAGUUGGACUCAGUUGGAAAUUAUGGAUAGUUUCACUUGUGAUUGGUAUUAUCAGUUUGCCUCUUGCUGCUGCGGGAAAAUUGAUCCCAGUUCCAAAGACCCCUGUGGCUAAGGUCUUCAUCAAGUUAUAUCAGCGAUGCAUUGCAGCUCGUAAUGCAUAAAUGAAUUGCUUUCGUGCAGCUGUUUCUUUGCGAUCUACUGUGCAUAUGUGUAGUAUGUAUGAUUAGUUUUUGUUUAUGCUGAAUUGGAAGAAAAAAGAAGCCAAAAAACAUUAGAAAACAAUCCUUGAGUAUGUUGUUUAUAGUACAUAACAAAUAUGUAUACUGCCCACCACUAGGUUGUAGAAUAGUUUAUACAAUAUAGGAAUUUAGGAUUUGAUAAUGCUGAAUUGGAAGAAAAGAGAACCCCCCCAAUAAGAUUGAGAUCGACAUUAGAAAGCAACCUGCAAGUAUGUUGCAUGCAUGAUAAAUAUGUAUAUAUUUCUUUUACAGAAGAAUAGUAGCAAGUAAAUCUUGUUUAUAGUAAUUUGUAUAUGUUAUGACAGGUGUGUCCAUUAGAAAGCAACCAUAAAGUAUGUUGCUUAUAGUACAUAUAAUGAUAUAAAUAUCUAUAUUUUCUUUUACGGAACAGGAGUUGAGAUUAUAGGUAAUUUGUAUGGUUGUACGGAUAUGUAUGGAAGAUAUGUUACACCGAA